UCGACAGACCACCGAGAGCUCGGGCCUCUGCAAGCCAUGGCGUCGUCUUCGUCCCCUUCGCUCUCCCUCCCGCUCCAGCUCCUGCGGUAUGGGACGUCGUCCUCCCGCCUUGGUCUUCGCGCGCUCCACCGGCCUUCUCCGCCUUCCGUCCGCCUUCAGCAGCCGGCGACGAGAGGUCUGAGACCCGUCGCGGCGGCUUCGUACCACGACGAGGCAGCGGCAGGGCGCGGCGACGACGGCAUCGCUGCCGCGAGCGGUUUGCUGCUGCGUCAGGUAGUGGACGACGCGGCUGCGACCGAGCUGCGGGCGGCGAGGGCAGGCCGUGGUCCUCAGCCUCCCAAGCGGCCGCCCAAGGAAGGAGGCGGCGGCGGUGGCGGGAAGAUUCAUCCCGCGCCGACGUUGGCGGCGAAGAGAGUGCCACGAGCCCCGGCGCCGCCCGGCCGUUUGCCGAAGGAAGGACGCGGCGGUCAAGGUGGAAGCAUCCAUUAAAGACAAGCGAAGCAACCACAAUUUUAACGGACAGAUUAGUAGCUACUAGCCUAAUACCUCUAUUGUUUCUUUUCUUUUGUAUAAAAGCUGAAUUAGAUUGCAAUAAGAUUCCAAGGUUACGUGCACAGGCCGUAGUUACAUGUAUGCAUGACAUGAAAUUCAGAGGUAUUCGAAUAGAGAAUGGAAAUAAAAAAAAGUACAGUAAAUAAUAAUAUAGGUGCUGCUACCUAUGUGUAUCUUUUUAGUCA